UAUAUUUUUUUAAUUUAAUAAAUUGUUAUUCAAAACUUGUUUGGGCGACUCUUAUCUAACCCCACUUUUUUGACACUUGAAAAAUGUGACGUUUACCGAAAUUUCACAAUAUUUUUACACUUUUACAUCGCCGAAAACUAACCGAAAUGACAAAUUCCCCGGGACCAAGCACUUCAAAGACACCAGAGACCACCGAUAGUGAGCUUAAGAAGAAAAAACGCACGCGUCGUAAGCCCCGAAACCGCUCCAGGAAAGCCUCGGAUUCGCCCCCUGAGACCGAACCGGUGACCCCACUGCCAGUUUAUUUCCACGUUCAACCGGUCGGUAGCCCCCAUGCCACUGUCUACAAGCUCAGAGACAAGUCCCAAGGCCCCAUCAACCUCCAAUCCUUGCUCAAAAACGCCACAUUUCACUCGAGGCCCCCCAGCUGUGUUCCCAAUCCGUCCCUGUUGGAGAAGAUCUCAAAUUUGGCAAUCAACGGAAUCCGGAAAUCUAGCUCCGGGAAGAAGAAUAGAAAGCGGAAGGAUCCGGUUUUGUUCCCGGAGUAUUUGAGCGAGGCGGAAGUCGAAUCCGGGCUGGAGAAAGGGGAAUUGAUGAAGGGAUACAUCAGGAUUAAUCCCAAAAAUGCGAAGGAGAGUUAUGUGGGGAAUGAGGAUGUUUCCAAGUCAGAUUAUGUGAUUUCGUCGGUUUUGGACCGGAAUCGUGCCUUCGACGGCGACGAAGUGGUUUUGAGGCUCAAAACGGAAACGGAAGAUAAGAAAAAACUGAUGGAAGUCGUGCACAUCACAAAGAGGAUUCACCCCCGGACCGCUGUUGGUUUCCUGGAGCCCCUCGAGAAGAACAAAGAGUACGCCCUCUUCACCCCCCGCGACAAACGCAUCCCUAAAAUAAAAAUACCGAAAAUAAGUUGGCCUAGUGGCUUCCAAACCAAGCCCCAACUCUACCAAGACAUUCUUUUUAUCGUAAAAAUAACGGAAUGGAAGGACGUUAAAUAUGCCCUAGGCACAAUUACCGAAAAUUUAGGCUUGAAUGGUGACCUUAAAGUCGAAUCUUUGGCGAUUUUGCGCGAGUUUUGCCUCGAUCCAACACCAUUCGGCGACGAUAUCAGGGAGUUUUUACCGAAAAAUUGCGAAAUUUCCACGGGGGAAUUACAGAAUCGCGAGGAUUUGCGAAAGGAGUGUGUUUUCACAAUUGAUCCAAUCACAGCGCGUGAUUUAGAUGACGCAUUAUCGUGCAAGGAGUUGACCAAUGGGAAUUUCGAAGUCGGUGUUCACAUUUCCGACGCUUCUUAUUUCCUACCCGAAAAAACACGAUUGGAUGAAAUUGUCAAAAAUAAAGCAACGACGAUUUACAUGGUCGAUAAUGUGUAUCACAUGCUUCCGGUGGAGUUGUGUCUCCAUUGUUCCCUACUUCCGGGGGAGGAUAAACUCACUUUUAGUGUUUUUUGGGAGUUGACACCAACUGGGGACAUUGUCAACUUUAGGAUAACACGAUCGGUGAUCAAUUCGUGUGUACAACUCGCCUAUGAACAUGCACAAAUGAUGAUUGAUGAUCCAUACCGGAAGUUUGAGGAUGAACUUCCGGAAAUUCACAACGGGUUUACUUCCGUUGAUCUCACGAAACGAGUCAAUGAUUUGCAAAAAAUCGCCGUGUGUUUGAGGGAGAAACGGAGACAAAAUGGGGCUUUGAAAAUCGAUCAAAUUAAAAUUGGGUUUGCUUUGGAUCCAGCCACUGGUGAGCCGAAGGAAUUUUUUAUUUGUGAGAAUAAACCGGCUCAUAGAUUGAUCGAGGAAUUUAUGCUUUUGGCUAAUAUGACGGUGGCGAAGUGGAUCAAUGAGGCCUAUCCAGAUUUGGCCUUUUUGAGAUUACACGAGGCCCCCAAGCCGACCAUGAUGACCGAACUUCAAAGAAACCUCGAGACUCUCGGCCUCCACAUCGACAUUUCCACUUCGGGGGGCAUCCAGUCCUCCCUCAACAAGUACAUCAGUGAAGACUACUGGGGAAAGGCCCGUAUGAUCGUCCUCAACCACUUAUUGGCCAAGCCUAUGAAAAGGGCGCGGUAUUUUUGUGCCGGGGCCCUUGAGGAGGACCUCGAUUUCAGUCAUUAUGCCCUUAGUAUACCCAUCUACACCCAUUUUACGUCCCCCAUACGUCGAUAUGCUGAUAUAAUGGUACAUAGAUUGCUCGCGGCUAGUUUAAAUUACAGAGAGAAACCCAUGUGGGUGUCUGAGGAAGUCGCAACGGUUGCAGAAACGUGUAAUAGACAGAAAUAUCACGCAAAGCGGGCUGGGGAGGCGAGUUGUGACUUGUUUUUAGCGCAUUUUGUCGAGAGGAAUCAACCGGUGGUUGAAGAUGCUGUGGUUGUGGAUACGAAGGAGAGGUCCAUUGAUGUUAUUGUGGUCAAGACGGGGAGUGUUGUCAGGAUUUACACCAAUAAUUUUGGGGAGAACGUGACGUGGAAAAGUGAGGAAAUUAAAAUAAGAAGGUCGGCCGAUGAGGAAAAUGCCAAGAAGAUGUGGAAGAUUUUUGUGAAAUUUCCAAAGACUGUCAAAGAGCCGGAAAGUUUUAUGGUGUUGGAAAUUUUUACGUUGGUAAGAGUGGAAUUGACAAGGAAGCACAAAACGAAUAAAUUAGAAGCGAAGUUGGUGAGGCCAAUACAGCUUGUGUCACCGUGAAAUUGAAAAAAUUGUAGUGUUUGAUUGUUUUUUAAAAUCAUGUCUGUAACGAAAUUAAAUAAAAAUUUGACUAUUUA